AUGGCUUCAACAGCAACAGCAGUGCCUACAACCUUGGGCUCCUCAUCAUUUUCGUCUUCUUUAAACAGGCCUGGUAGAAAGCCCAAUGUCAACAUCAAUUGUUCACUCCAAACUCCUUCCAUUCUCCAUUUCCCAAAGCAAUCCACUGCGUGCACACCAUCUACCACUUUCCCCAAUCCCACCACCGGACACCCAAAACAAAACACGCCCUCUCCAGUUGUGGUUGUGCCCCAAAAACAACAGCAAAAGCAACAGCAGGAAAAGCAAUGGAAUUUCUUUCAAAGAACAGCAGCUAUGGCUUUAGAUGCUGUUGAAACUGCCUUGGUUUCACAUGAACGUCAGCACCCUUUGCCCAAAACAGCUGACCCCAGAGUCCAAAUCUCUGGCAACUUCGCUCCGGUACCGGAACAGCCCGUCGUUCACAAUUUACCGGUCACCGGGGAAAUCCCAGAUAGCAUUCAAGGUGUUUAUCUAAGAAACGGAGCCAAUCCACUCCACGAGCCAGUAGCUGGUCACCAUUUUUUCGAUGGUGAUGGCAUGGUUCAUGCUGUUCAAUUCAACAAGGGCUCAGUCAGCUAUUCUAGCAGAUUCACUGAGACUAAUAGGCUAGUUCAAGAACGUGACUUGGGACGUCCUUUAUUCCCAAAAGCCAUAG